UAAACCCAAACACAUACCUCAAACAACCAAAAGCAAAAAAACCUCAUUUACAUUUAAAAAAAUAAUGGCGUUUGCGAUACCGAUUGCGUUUCUUGUAACGCUACUACUAGUCUCGGUUCCAUCGUCUUCAUCCACCACGCUACAACAAGAUUUCAUGCAGUGCCUCGUCGACAACUCCGACGUCUCGUUCCCGAUAACGGCGUCGUUUUUCUCACCUGACCAAAACGCUACUUUGUUCAAAGAGGAGCUUGAAUCCACGGCGCAGAAUCUCCGGUACUUGACGCCGUCGAACCCGAAGCCUAUCUUCAUAUUCGAGCCUUUGUACGAGACGCACGUCCAAGCAGCGGUCGUGUGUGCCAAGAAGCUUCAGCUUCAGCUGAGGGUACGUAGCGGUGGCCAUGACUACGAAGGGCUCUCGUUCGUCGCCGAGGACGAGACGCCGUUUGUGGUCGUCGAUUUGUCGAAGCUUAGACAGGUCGACGUCGAUCUGGACAGUAACAGCGCGUGGGCUCAUGCUGGUGCUACCAACGGAGAGGUUUAUUAUAGGGUGAUACAUUCAACAAUUCUCAUUUCACAGACUCAAGGAACAAAUCUCGGACAAGAAGUCGAGUACAAGAAGUCGAGUAUAGACUUGGGAUCAUUGCUACAGCCCUGUUUUCAUCCGAUGGAUCUGUGAUAGCAUGGGUUGAAAUCUUGAAGCUUUGUUAUGGUCUAGGACUAGGUUUCGAAACAAGAAAAAGGCUUCGGCAUGGUGAUAGCUCUAUGCAACAUCAUUUGCCAACCUUCGAACACCAGAAAGAGAGUGAGUUCCUUUAGCAAAGAACAAGAAACAUAUAAAUUAAGGAACUACACGAGAACUUUGGAUACUUGAUUCAUAUAUUCAAAGUGAACUAGUAGCUGUUCAUUGGACUGUUUCAAGAAACGCUAAGUGAGCAGCUAAAAGAGACCCUUUGCUACAAGUAAGAAAAGCUUUGAAGGGUUACAUGUACAUGUCAAGUAGUGUUUCUAUUCUUUUUGAUGUUAGUUUUA